UGCGAAAAAGGUAAAUCUAAAUUUAGGCUCAGUCACAUCUACUCACGAUGUGCUCAAGAAAUACACUUGCUAGAUCUGUGUGUAGUUACUGUGUAAACUUUUGGUUACCAAUGCUUUUUGUGAGACAGUGUUAAUAGAACUCUAGAAUAAUGGGAAGAUGUUUUUGUUCGAUAGAUUACCCAAAGAUCAAAGAUAACUUCUCACUUUGAAUAUCAUCCGUUUUGAAUUACGUCAGCAUCUAUUUUUGUGUGUAAACAUGACCAGUGUCCUCUCAGCCACCCAGGCCAACAACACCAGAAUAUUGCACGUCUUACUAAGUGGGCCAACCAGAGCCAAAGAAAUUGAACAGUCACUUCUUUUCGCUGUCAAGCUCGGUUACGCCGACUGUGUUCAGUGUCUAGUAAAAGCUGGUGCAGACCCCAACCUUCCAGACGUCAGCGACAACCCGCCGCUUUACUUGGCCGUUAGAGAAGGUCAUCAUGAGGUGGCCGAAGUUCUGUGUUGCGGGGGUGCGAAAGUGAACGCCCUGGGCAGUGGCAACAACACUCCUCUACAUGUGGCUGCCAAAUGGGGCAAAGAUGAAUGUCUAGAAGUUCUCGUGUCCCAUGGAUGUUACCUUAACGCCAGAGACUCCUACGGGUGCACAGCUUUGAUCCUCGCAGUAAGGGGCAAGCACUAUGGGGUCAUAGGCUUCCUGCUUGGGAAGGGAUGUGAAAUCAAUUGUGUCGAUCAUCAAGGGAGGUCAGCCCUGCAUUAUGCCAGUCAAACUGCUGUGGCAGUUGAUCAGCUUAUUAAAGCUGGUGCAGAUGUAAAUAUUCAGGACAACGAUGGCUGUACUCCUUUACUUGUUGCUGCCACAGAAGGACUCGACAAGGUCAUACAAAGCCUGUGUCAGGUACCCGGUGUCAAGGUUAACAUUCCCAACAUGCCGUCAAAGAAAACUCCUUUACAUAUUUUGGCUUACAAAGGACAUAAGAGCUGUGUACAGGAUCUUAUAGCUGCAGGGGCGGAUAUCAAUUUACUUGACUGUGAUCACAGGUCUCCACUUUGGUACGCCGUGGCCAACUCUAGGUUGGACAUCGUGACUCUGUGUCUACGAGCCAAUGGACUGGUAGAUACAUUUCAGUGCCCUGCAGAUAUUCCCAAUGGAUCCUGUCCUGUCAAACUGGCUGUUGACUUGGGACUAGUGGACAUUCUCAAACUGUUCAUCAUUAGCGGCUACGACAAUCAGCACAUUAGAGAACAUCUGAGCCAUCCUGAUGUUAACCGACUCUUUGUCAAUAAUCAAAUCCUACACUGGUUGGAACAUGCCCAGCAGGUGCUGUCACUCCAACAGAUAUGUCGCAGGUGGGUUCGUCAUCACCUGGGAUACCACCUGUUCAUGGACAUCUCAAAGCUGCCAUUGCCACAGAAGAUAUUGGACUUUAUUACGAUGAAAGAACUGGAAGAUAUACACAAGUCAGUUAGAUGAAGACUAUGUUUACGGAUGUCUGUGAUGAAAGUCUCUUAGUUGGAAACAAAAAUCUUAAUAUUGACUUUUAUGUAAAGCUUUAAUUUGUCUAAAUAGUGUGCAUCUACCCCCACUGAAUGAAGUUUUUAAAAAAAUAAAUAA